AUGGUACGAGUAAAGCAAGAGCUGAUCUCAACAUUCUCAAUAGAUUACUGGGAUAGAGAUCCCAAUUUGUGGGGAGACGUGGUUGACUGGGAUAUUUACUUUGCUAAGAAAAUGCCUUCUUGCACGUCUCGAGAUUCACAUAUGGCCCUGUCUGUCGAGUUGGAUUCAAUUCUUAAAAAAAUUUCUACUGAUAACUUUGCGUACAAGAAGGCUUCGGUUCUUCGCGCCGCCCUAAAGGUCAAGUAUUUUUCUGUGACAAACUCCUGGCAAAAGGAUAUGUGCUACGCCCCGCGACUACGGUCGACUGCUCACCAACCUGACAUGCACGUAUCAUUAUGUUGGGAGUACCUAACCACACCCUGCGACUGCGGUCGAGCGACUUUGUCGCGGAAGGCAACCUGCGGCUUGCUUGAAAUGGGAAGUCCCCUGAACACUUUACAAUUUUAUAGACACUUAUCAACGUUUGCUUCUCUUAUUCUUUGUCCUAUCCAGAAUGGUGGUGGUAAAAUCGACAAAUUUUGGAAGAAGCAUGUGAAUAACAUAAAGAAGAUUGGUCUCGAUAAUCGGAUCAUCAAGGAAAGGAUUAUUAACGUUGCAAUGCAUGCGGCAGAAGAAGAAUUUACCAAAGAGUAUUCACGUAAUUCCAAACAUGAAUCGAGCGCUCUCGACGAUGAGGAAUAUCAAAGCAGCAAUGACGAAGAGAUUUCUCUCGUGCAGGUGGAACACGAUGUACUUGGGAUUUGCGAGGAAACAAUGAACAAUAAAAUGAAGGAAGUAAAAAAGUCUGGAUCGUCCACCACUAGAGCAAAACGUAAAGAUCGAUAUGAAAAGCCUGGAACACAAGAGGAAUCAGCCGAGGUUUCUGCUAGCAAAAGGUCUCGGCAAGAACAGCGCUAUGCAGGAAUGGACCAGAGUCGGUUCUGGGUUCUACGCUCUGGGCGUUCGGUGGAAGAGAUCCUCCAAAGAGCUUGCCUCCAGGAAGACGCGACGGUCAUGAUACGGUCCUUUACUAUCGAUUUCUCUUGCGCAGUAACAGAGAAUUUGUUCAGUGAGGAUGAAUGGGAGGAGAUUAUGGAAAAGAAUGUCUUUGAGUUACCGGAGUUGCCUCCCUCAACCAUCAGUUUUCUGUUGAGGAUGAAGAAGGCAUUGGUCAAAAGGGACCCUGCAUGUCAAGUACCACUGCCAGACAUUGACAAGUUUGCCUGCACUUUGGUCCAGGAUUCCUGCAAGAUUUGGUACAAUGAUCAUGACAUGUUUGCAGCGCAGAGGCUCUACAGCAAGACCCCGUCACUGUUUAGUAUGAAUGAUCUUUCGGAGGCUUUUUGGGCUCACAAUUCUUGGCCAUUGCUGACCGAGCUCCUGGACGACAUGGACAAUCUGUGUAUGAUUGAUAGGGAAAAGUCAGGCAUUGAGAGUGGAAAGCGACGUAACUCUGAUCGGAAAUAUCACUCCGAUACUCAAACACCAAAAAAGCGAGUUGGACGGAAGGUUGAUUUAGUCGUCCGUGAUGUUGUCCAAAAAAAAGAUUACAUGAUUGUGGAGCGCAUGAAGGACUGGGAUGAAUAUUCCACUAAAUUCCUCAAGGAGACAAGUGUUGAUUUGUUUCGUGAGACGCACACCAUUAUGAUGCACAGACUACAAGAUACCGGAAAUGAAGAGCUUUGGGACAAAGGUCGAUUUUUUGGCAUCCAUACGGGCAGCCGUGGAUUCCAAACAUUUGAGCUGCGACCAGCAGGAGGCCUGUCAUAUGUGUCUUUGUUUCAUGGAUACCCUAUAUAUCAACUGCCUACCUCAAUUCAGGACAUGAAGCCACAAAUCCAGGGCCUGGUCCAUAUUCUCCAAGUUCGCCAAUUAAUGUCGGAUACGAUAACUCUGGAUCGCAGACAUCCGAGAAUGAGGGGGGACGGAAAGCAGGAGGAUUCCAACUGGUAUGGCUCAACCUACACUCGACUAGACGCCUCUAUUAAUCUCGUGUCGUCUCCCCUCGGCCCGGAAUAA